AUGUCUGGGCUCUCCAACGCGUUCUACAACGCUUUCGUCAAGCGAAACAGUGUCUACGUGAGCACUAUCUUCGUCGGCGCAUUCGCUUUCGGCGUCGGCUUUGACGUCGGCGUCACUAAACUCUGGGAUACCUGGAACAAGGGGGUACGUCCACCUCUCCACCUCUCCACCCCUCCACCUCCCUCUGCCACCCCAUCCCCCCCGACUACCACCCUCUCACUUCCCCGAACGAGCGGAACUUAA